AAUCUUUCUGGUCGGUCUAAAUAAACAGGGAUUCAGGAUUGAUACAACGUGGAUCCGACUUGGCAAUCUAAUCUACCGUUAAGUCUAACCGUUUGAUAGGUAGCUCGAAAACAUUAUUAAACCCGGCAACAAAGUGGGACGGUAAUCCGAGAAGAAACUCAAAAAAGAAAAAAAAAAAUAGAGGACAGCGAUUGAGAGAGAGAAGGGAAAAAAAUGAUGUCAAAUUCUUGUUACAGUUCACGAUUCUUAGCUAUAAAUAGGAGUCUUUCUUUCAUUUGCUUUCACUCCAAAUCUAAUCAACGUCGAAGUUUGCAGUUCUCUAGGAACUUUUCAAAGCAAAAUUUUCAGAAACGUUUCCGUUCUGGGAUUUCAGGUGCUGGAGUUUCCAGGGUUUCUCCAAAUCCAGCGUUAUCGAUAUUGUCUUUUAAGAGACGUGAUUUAAAGCCACCUUUGAAGAAGCUAUAUAAAGAACAAGAAGAAGAAUUAGAAGGAAUGACGAUUAAACCGGCGGUUAGGAUCGCCGAGAGGAAAUUAAUCGUAAAGAACCGGACAAUCCUAACCGGAGUUCCCGAAAAUGUGAUCGCGACUUCCGGUUCAGAAUCCGGUCCGGUCGAGGGAGUUUUCCUCGGUGCGGUUUUUGAUGAAGAGAAUAGCAGGCAUGUGGUCCCCAUCGGCACUUUACGCGACGUCCGGUUCAUGUCCUGCUUUAGGUUCAAGCUAUGGUGGAUGGCCCAGAAAAUGGGAGAUCAAGGCAAAGACAUACCUCUCGAGACUCAAUUCCUAUUGGUUGAAACCAAAGAAGGGUCCCACCUUGACUCAACCGAAGAAAAUCAGAUCGUUUACACCGUAUUCCUGCCUUUAAUCGAAGGCUCGUUUCGAGCCGUCUUACAAGGGAACCAAAACGACCAGCUAGAGCUGUGUCUGGAGAGUGGCGACGCCGACACUAAAGCCUCGUCGUUCACGCAUUCUGUUUUCAUCCAUGCUGGCACUGACCCUUUCAGUACAAUAUCGGAAGCAAUCAAGGCCGUCAAAUUACAUCUCAAAACGUUCCGUCAACGGCACGAGAAAAAAUUACCUGGAAUCGUUGAUUAUUUCGGGUGGUGCACCUGGGACGCGUUUUACCAGGACGUUACUCAAGAAGGAGUCGAAGCUGGGCUCGAGUCUUUAGCUUCCGGUGGGACCCCUCCGAAGUUCGCGAUCAUCGACGACGGAUGGCAAUCCGUCGGUGGGGAUCCCCAGGAAGAAGAAACUUCAUCGUCAUCGGCAGAUCAGGCCGAAACUAAACAACAGCCGUUGCUUCGUUUGACCGCGAUAAAAGAAAACGAGAAAUUCCAAAAGAAAGACGAUCCGACGGUGGGGUUAAAAAACAUCGUCAACAUUGCCAAAGAAAAACACGGGUUAAGUUAUGUGUACGUAUGGCACGCAAUUACUGGGUACUGGGGUGGAGUCCGACCUGGAGUUGAGGAAAUGGAAGGAUACGGAUCGAAAAUCCUGUACCCGAUGGUUUCGAAGGGAGUGGUGGACAAUGAACCGGGUUGGAAAACGGAUGCGAUAGCGGUUCAAGGGUUGGGUUUGGUAAACCCAAAGAACGUGUACAAGUUUUACAAUGAGUUGCACAGUUAUCUGGCGGAUGCGGGUAUAGACGGAGUUAAGGUGGACGUGCAGUGCAUUUUGGAAACUGUUGGUGCUGGGCUCGGUGGAAGGGUGGAGUUGACGAGGCAAUAUCAUCAGGCUCUUGAUGCAUCGGUGGGCAGGAAUUUUCCCGACAAUGGGAUCAUCGCUUGCAUGAGCCAUAACACAGAUGCACUCUACUGUUCGAAGCAGACGGCGGUGGUGAGAGCAUCAGAUGAUUUCUACCCGCGUGAUCCAGUAUCACACACCAUCCACAUUGCGGCGGUGGCGUACAAUAGUGUUUUCCUUGGGGAAUUUAUGCUGCCGGAUUGGGACAUGUUCCACUCUCUUCAUCCGGCCGCCGAGUACCACGCCUCAGCACGUGCUAUUAGCGGCGGCCCCAUCUAUGUUAGUGAUGCGCCUGGAAGGCAUAACUUUGAGCUUCUGAAGAAAUUGGUGUUGCCUGAUGGGUCGAUUCUCCGUGCGCGUUUGCCAGGACGGCCCACUCGUGAUUGCUUGUUCACAGAUCCAGCUCGUGAUGGGGUUAGCUUGUUGAAGAUAUGGAACAUGAACAAGUACACCGGAGUUCUUGGUGUAUACAACUGCCAAGGUGCGGCGUGGAACAGCUGUGCAAGGAAAAAUACUUUCCACCAAACCAAGAUGAAGUCCCUAUCGGGCCAUGUAAAGGGUUGUGACGUCCACCUCAUCGCGGAGGCCUCCUUGGACCAUGACUGGACUGGUGACUGUGCAGUUUACUAUCACCGGACCGGUGAAGUAAUCACCCUACCAUAUAAUGCAGCCAUGCCGGUGUCCCUCAAGGUCCUUGAGCAUGAAACCCUCACACUAACACCUAUCAAGGUUUUGGCACCAGGGUUCAGUUUUGCACCGUUGGGACUCAUCAACAUGUACAAUUCAGGUGGUGCUAUUGAGGGGCUAAAAUAUGAAGUUAGUAAUGGUGUCAAUUUAUCUGAGCUCGAUGUUGGAUACGGAGGUGAAAGCAGUGGCCUUAGUGGUGUGAGAGUAGAGAACUGUAGCAAUGAAUUGGUAGGGAAAGUUUGCAUGGAGAUUAAAGGUUGUGGCAACUUUGGUGCUUAUUCAUCAGCUAAGCCAAGAAAGUGCACUGUUGGAUCUAGUGAAGUUGAAUUUGACUACGAGCCAUCAUCCGGAUUGUUGAAGUUCAGCUUGGAAAAAUUGCCCGAGGAAGGGCAGAAAGUCCAUGUUGUUGAAGUUGAGUUAUGAGUUAGAUGCAGUACAGCAGAAUGUCAGAUUCACUGAGGAAUAUGUUGAGAGUAGGUCUUGCUCUAUUUGGGGUUUUAUCAUUAUAUCCCCUCAUAUUUUUUACCCAUUUAUUAGUUUUAUGUAUCAUUUAACAUGGAGGGAAGAGAUUGAAAUAAAAGUUUCUUCUUGCUAUUAAA